CUGCCAUCCCAGGCACUUGGCUGGAGACAGCGAGCAGCCAACAUGCUCUGCUGCUUUCCCAGGCCUCGAGGCCCCAGCCUCAGGACCCCGCAUGGAAAAGCCACUUGGGAACGAGGGAGAGGAUGGUUCGCUCGGCCCAGAUGCUUCAGCACCCGCACCAGGAACCGCCCAACUGUCAUGGGCAGCACAGGGCAGGGCUCGGCAGCUCCGGCCCCCAGGCACUCAGAGACAAGAGGGAGCCCAGGACAGGUGUCCCUAGGCUCUGCCACCAGCCACUCUGAACCGUCGUGUCCAGGACAGGCCCAUUUAGGCCUGGCCACCACUAUUGGAAGUCAGUCAGCAGAGAGCCUGGCAGAGGUCUGCACAGUGAGCACGGUGCAGGCAGGGCCGCCACACGCUCUGACGGAGCCCCUGGAGCCGGCCUUCCUGGACAGCGGCCCCAGCCCCGGCCCCUUCUUCCUGGACUCCUCAAGGGCCGACACCUCCACCCCACAGGCCCUGAUGGUGGGAAGGUCCACCGUUCCUGUCCUUGACUCUGCACUGGAGCUGCACUCCCAGGUGGAGCCCCAGGCUGAGCUUGUCUUCCACCAGCUGGAGCCCCCUGAGCCCCCUGAGGCUGAGCCCCGGGGGUCAGCUCCAGCCCACGCUGAAGUCCCAGCUACAGAGCUGGUGCCAGCUCCACCUGCAGCUCCCUCACCAGCUCUGGUCCCACAGCAAGAGUCGGCACCUGGAUCUCCUUUGCCGCCAGCUGCAGAGCCGGAACUCCUGGUGGCUCCACCGCAGGGGUCAUCUCUUCAGCUCUACCUGGAGGCAGCUCUUGACCCAUACCUGCCAUUCCCUUGUCUUCCAGAUUUACUUAUUAUUGUAUUUACUGCUACCCUCACUUCCCUGAGAUAUGCCGAUGAUAGAAUUAAUGUAAAUAAAGCUUAGGAUUUUAUCCUUAUUUGAAA